UAAAAAAAUCGAUGAUUCAGUUUUGAUCAAAGCGAAAGACUGAACGAGAGGAAGUAAAGCACAGCUAAAUAAAUAAACCUAACUACUGGACUAUUUUUUGUCUAAAAUACGAUGUAGUUAUGCUGUAAGUGAGCAGGAAUCAUGAAUAAAGAAAUUUACCUUACUUUUAUCGUUAUUUUGACUUUUAAUGGCCAUGCAUAUGCACGUGAUUCGGACUGUCCCAGGCCAAAAGUUAUGAAACAAACCAUAAUACGAUCGAAGGAAUCGAUUAAAAAUGGAGCUAUUUUGAUUGGAAAAGAGAUUGUAGAAACUGCAAGAAGUUGUUACGACUUGUGUUGUAGUUAUGAAACCUGUAAUGUUGCAUUGAUGCAUUAUAAACAGGUUAAAAAUGAAAUUGGUGAUUUUGAGACCCACAAAUAUUGUUAUUUAUUUGGAUGUGGAAGUCCAUCUGUGUGCAGUUUUGGUAAUCAUAAUAGAUAUGCAGUGAUACAACUUGAGCAGCAGAUUUUAACAACUUUACCACCAACACAAGCACCAAUUAUAGAGGAAGAAGAAAGAUGUCCACCAGGUGUUCCUGUUGCAAUGUGUGCAGAGAAUCCUUGUGAUGUAAAAUCCUGUCCUGCACAUAAUGAUGCAAAAUGUAAACCUAAUUUCUGUGGCGGGUGCAACGCACGAUUUUACAAUGCUGAAAACAAGUUGGUAAAUUGUUCUCUUCCAGAAUAUCACGUAAGUGCGCUAGCAGCUGACGAUCACAACGAACAGUCGUUAACUGUAACUGAAGGUGAUUAUGAAGAAACACCAACGGAGGAUAUUCUCUUGUCUUCAAAUUCUAAAAAGACUGAAGAGCAAGAUCCAUAUUUCCAUUCGAACAGAAGACAGUUCAUAACUGAUCCAGCGGAAGCUGCAGAGCUGUUUAACAGUACCACUCCUGGAACACAGCCACCAAGUGUGAAAGUUGUGAUCCGCAACGAGCCUCCAAACUUGAAAUCAAUCCCACUGUUGAUUGCAUUGAUAGUCAGUCUUUUGUUUAUCGUCGGGUUGAUCUAUCAUUUUAAAUGUGCGAAACGAGGGAAAGCGAAGAAGUUUCCGGUGGAUGACGGCGAUUAUUUGAUCAAUGGCAUUAGGAAUAAUGGCAUUUAA